AUGAGCUACUGCUUGGCUCCAUAUUUUACUGUCUCCUCACACAUCUUUGAUCGUGUAUCAGCUUCAUUCGUGUCAAUAUAUGCGAAGCAGUGGAUGAACAACCUCGCUAUGAAUGGUCCAGACUACGCCACACUGCAACCUAACCACAAGAGCUUGCUACGAGUUAUGUUCGCAUUGAUAAUCCCUUUUAUUGAGAAUGGCGGGUAG